AAGAAAAAAAAAAGACCGUUCGACUCUUCCAUCCUUUCUUUUUGUCUUUCGAUAACGCGUCCAAACAUUUGGCCCCUGGCUGUUACUACUUAUUUAUUCCUUGCGAAUAAACAGGAUAUUUUAAAAAAUAAACGUCCCUUGAUGCAACGAUACGAUACGAUACUAUACGUUGUUGAGAUGCCGUGGAUCGCGUAAGAAUCGGUUGGAUCAUAAAUCUUAUAUUAAACCAUAAAACUCAAGAAGAAAUCGCAAAGGAUAUUGCCGAUGGUAUUCUUAACUUCGAGGAAAUCGAAGAAAUGUUCCCAUGGAGAUACGUACAGGAACUACGCCGAGGCAAUCUCGAAUCCACGCAAAACUUUUUAUAUCGAUUUACGCAAAUAUCAGACGAUCGAAUGAAAGUAAUUCUGGACAAAUUUUUGCGUCAAAAGAGUCGAAAUGAAAUUAUCAAAUUGAUCAGAGAUCACGCUCUUAAACUCGACAAACUCCAGGUAUCCUAUCUUUGGAAAUAUGUGAUGGAAAAUAAGGAAAAUGUCAAUUCCGAGGCGACAUCGAGCACUUCGUUGAUGAGUCCUAACGAACAGAUCGUCAUUGAGAGCAGAGAAUCGUCUAAUAUGGGGACGAAAAAGAAACAGACGACGAAGAAAAGCGAUAUGAAAGAAACGAAGAAGAGCAAAAAGAAGGAGACGAAGAAAAGCGACGAGGAAGAGACGAAGAAAAGCGGUAAGGAAGAGGCAGAAAAGAAAGUGGAAAAGCCGAAGAAAGCUCGUACUGUAACGAAGAAAGUGGCAGACGUCGAGUCGAAAAACGUGAAACGAGUGGAUAGUAACGUUGAUGAUAGAAAUGAAAUCGAAGAAGCGAUCGAAGAGAACAACUCGGCGAAAGGGGAUCUCGGAUACGUGGAAGAAGCUUCGAUCGAUCUCGGUGUAUCUACGAAUCAAGAAUCGCAACAGGAAGGAUUAAAGGAAUUAUCGGAGACUUGUCAAGGAGAUCGCUCGAAGGACGAAAAAUCGACCGGAGCUAAAAAGAAAAUUAGCAAAAAAGUCAGCAAGAAGAAUACAAAGGCAAGUAUGGAAAAAAUAAGUGAACGUGACUCGAAAGAAAUGAAUUUUCCUAUUGAAGGUACCUCCUCAACGAACGAAGAACAACGAGUCGAGGGAAAUGAUAAAUCGGAAAGUAACCAAAACGUGAUUGAAAAAGAAGAGGCCAGUUUCGCGAAGACAAACGAUAGUAUUAUUUCUUUGGAAAUAAGGGACGACGAAAGGUUCGAGGAGGAUUUGCAAAAAUCUCGAUCAAACGAGACUGUAAAUAUUUCAUCUUUAAUUGAGGAAGAGCAGGAAAUAUGCGAUAAUCAAAACCAGAAGGAUCGUAACGUUCAAGAAUAUGAUCUCAAUAUUCAGCUCGAUGCGAGCACUCCAAAGAAAUUGGAUAACGAUGGUAAUAUAAUUCAAGUAAAGGAAGAACUCGAGGACGAGCGUUUCUUCAAUGAAAUCGAUUAUUCUACUAAUAACGAUCUAGAGAAGGAUGCGGAUUCGGAAAAGAAUUUUAAUAAAACGUCGCAAGUGAUAAACGAUGAAGAAGUUUCAAAUUUGAGAAAUCCGGUAAAAUCGAUAAUCGUAAAACCAGAAAACGUUACUAGAUCGCCCGAAACCUCUAAGCCCGCAAAGCACAAUCCUACGAAGAAAGAAGCAAAAUCGAAAGUUAAACAAUCGAAACAUAAAAAACAAACCGACAGAUCGUUGGAGCGACAAAAUCAGAGCAAACGUAAGCGAUUAAAAGAAAAAGAGCUACGAAAAUGUGAAAAGAAAAUUCAAAAUACCAUGGAGGGAUUAAAAGAUCAGAUAAAUAAGCUGGUGAAAGACAUAAGAUAUCUCGGAGAAAAUAGAUCUUCCUCUUCUACCGACGACAGUUCCGAAAAGGAGUCAUCGAGCUCCUCUGACGAAUAUACUUCCGAAAAGGAGUAUUCCGCUUCCUCCGACGAUUACUACACUUCCGAAGAGGAGACCUCGUACGAAUUAUCUUCGGAGUCUUCCUCAAAACUUGUCUUAGAAACUUCCGAGGAAUGUUCCUGUCCAUCCUGCAUGUCAUCAAAAUAUAAUUCUUCGACGUCCAACUCGGACUCGGAAUACACGAUCUGUUCCUGUUCAAAUCAUUACAGUUCUACGGAAAGUGAUGAUUCUUAACCCUUUUGAAUACUUUUACAAAAAUUGAUCUAGAAAUAUGAAAUCAUUUUUAAUUGUAUUUUUAUCAAUUUAUCAAUGACAUUCGAUAUAUUUAUGUUCGCGUUAAAUGUCUUAUCUCGUUGCUAUUAUAUGUAAAAAUAAUGAAUUUUUAGAUUUGAAUCAUUAGAAUAAUCUCAAAGUUAUCGUACGUUCCAGUUAAUCUAUAAUUUAUUUAUCCGUAAUUUAUUUUUAUUCGUGAUAAUAAUCACGGCUUGUAAAUGAAUGAAUUUUAUAUUUGAAAUUCCGCGAAAGGCUCUUCAAACAUGUAACGUUAUCGUUCUAAUUUCCACGAAUGUAUCACUGUAUUAAUAAUGAAACAAAUAAAUUAUUCCCAAUCCUUUCGUCAUA